UCAGGCGGGUGCGUGGCGGCGCGGGGGAGGCGGCGCCCCUCCACUCCUCCCUCCUCUCCCUCCCGGCCCCGCGCUGACAGGGGGGCCUGGCCGCGCCGCCGGAUUCUGACAUUUCAUGACAUGUCAUCUUCUAGAGCAGUCAUGAACAUUGACCUGCUUCGGAUUAGUUGAUGACCUUUGGAAAUGAUCCAAUAAUAUCUACCACAGAGAAGCUGAAUAGACUUCAUUUGGAGUGAAAAGCUCAGGUUGUUACUGAAUUUUUCAAGAUGACAGAUCCAAUGAUGGACUUUUUUGAUGAUGCCAAUCUUUUUAGUGAGACUUUAGAAGGUUUGUCAGAUGAUGCAUUUGUACAACCAGGACCUGUUUCACUAGUUGAUGAAUUGAACUUGGGUGCAGAAUUUGAACCUUUGCACAUAGACUCAUUGAAUCAUGUUCAAGGUACUCCAACUCAUCAGAAGAUGACUGAUUAUGAACAGUUAAAUCAGUUUGACUCAAUGAAAUUUCAUCAUGUUAAUCAGUCUUUUGGUAGCCCAGCUGAACAUGUGUUAUCUCCACACUCUCAGUUUAAUUGUUCUCCGAUCCACCCCCAAAACCAGCCCAAUGGUUUGUUUCCAGAUGUCACAGAUGGCAGUCCAAUGUGGGGCCAUCAGACAGCUACUGGCAUUUCAAAUCAAAACGGAUCUCCUUUUCACCAACAAGGACAUUCUCACUCUAUGCAUCAGAAUAAAAGCUUUGUGGCACACCAUGACUUUGCCUUAUUUCAGGCCAAUGAACAACACUCACAAUGUACUUCACUGCGCUCACAGCAAAACAGAAAUAAUCUUAACCCAGGGCAAAAUUCUCUUAGCCAGUCUAAAAAUUUUAUGGAUAUUAAUGUUUCUGGUCCACACAGAGUCAGUGUUAACCACCCACCACAAAUAACUAAUGUACCUACUUCACAACAGUCUCUUUCGAUGCAACAAUUUUCUCAAACAUCAAAUCCUUCAGUACACUUUCUCAAGUGUAGCAAUCGGCAAGAAGGAAAUUUUAAUGGACCGUCUCCAAAUAUGACUUCUUGUUCUGUCAGUAAUUCACAGCAGUUUUCUUCACAUUACUCCUUUUCCAGUAAUCAUGUGUCUCCAAACAGCCUUCUUCAGUCCUCUGCAGUCCUAGCCCCUACGCAUGCAAAUCAGACUUUAUCUGACUUUGCUGGAAGUAAUUCCUUUUCGCCUCAUAGGGGAAUCAAGCAAGAAUCUACUCAGCAUAUGCUAAAUCCCAAUACAUCGCUGAAUUCAAACAAUUUCCAAAUGAUGCAUUCAUCACAUCCUCAGGGUAAUUAUAGCAAUUCAAAAUUAUCUCCUGUGCACAUGAACUUCCCGGGUCCUGUUGACUCAGGAACUCAAAUGGGCCAUUUCAACGAUCAUGUAGAAACUAAUGGCUUUUCAUCUUUAGAAGAGAAUUUACUUCAUCAAGUGGAGUCUCAAACUGAGCCAUUCACCGGACUUGACCCAGAAGACCUCCUUCAGGAGGGUCUCCUUCCCCAAUUUGAUGAGUCAACAUUUGGGCAGGAAAAUUCAAGUCAUGUUUUAGAUCAUGACCUUGAUCGGCACUUUACUUCACAUCUUGUAGCACGGCCUUCUGAUAUGGCUCAAGCUCAGUUGCAUAGUCAGGCUCGGAGUUGGCAUUCAUCACUUUCGAAUCAUCAGCAUUUGCAUGACAGAAAUCGCCUAUGUUUACAGCGACAGCCUCCAUCUUCCAAGAAGAAUGAUGGUUCUGGGACAUAUACUAAGUUGCAGAAUACCCAGGUGAGGAUCAUAUCUGAGAAGAAGCAGAGAAAAAAAGUGGAAUCAGAAAGCAAGCAAGAAAAGGCUAAUCGUAUAAUAUCAGAGGCCAUAGCGAAAGCAAAGGAGCGUGGGGAGCGCAAUAUUCCACGAGUAAUGAGCCCUGAAAACUUCCCUAGUGCUUCAGUUGAAGGAAAAGAGGAAAAGAAAGGUAGAAGGAUGAAAUCCAAGCCAAAGGACAAAGAGAGCAAGAAAACAAAAACUUGUUCUAAGUUAAAAGAGAAGACAAAAAUUAGCAAACUCAUUAUUACAUUGGGUAAGAAACAAAAAAGAAAGACCGAAUCUUCAGAUGACAUAUCUGAUGUGGAGCAGAUGGCACAGCAUACUUGCAAAGAGGAAGACUCUCAAAAAAGAAGAUCAAAUCGACAAAUUAAAAGGAAAAAAUAUGCAGAAGAUGGAGAGGGGAAGCAAUCUGAAGAAGAGGUUAAAGGCUCUUUGAAAAUAAAAAAGAAUUCAGCUCCUUUACCUGGUGAACAGCCUUUACAAUUAUUUGUGGAGAAUCCAAGUGAAGAAGAUGCUGCAAUUGUGGACAAAAUAUUAUCUUCUAGAGUUGGAAAAAAGGAAAUAUCACCUGGAGUGAUGAUUGAUACAGAAGAAUUUUUUGUAAAAUACAAAAAUUACUCCUAUCUUCACUGUGAGUGGGCCACGGAACAACAGCUUUUGAAAGAUAAAAGGAUUCAGCAGAAAAUCAAACGAUUCAAAUUGAGACAAGCACAAAGAGCACAUUUUUUUUCAGACAUGGAAGAAGAACCAUUUAACCCAGACUAUGUUGAAGUAGACAGAGUGUUAGAAGUCUCUUUUUGUGAAGAUAAAGAUACUGGUGAGCCUGUUAUUUACUAUUUAGUAAAGUGGUGCUCAUUACCAUAUGAAGAUAGUACCUGGGAACUAAAAGAAGAUGUAGAUCUUGCAAAAAUAGAAGAGUUUGAACAACUGCAAGCUUUAAGACCUGACACAAGACAUUUGGAUCGUCCUCCCUCUAAUAUUUGGAAAAAAAUAGAUCAAUCCAGGGACUAUAAAAAUGGCAAUCAACUCAGGGAAUAUCAACUGGAAGGACUCAACUGGCUCUUGUUCAAUUGGUACAAUAGACGAAACUGCAUUUUAGCAGAUGAAAUGGGUCUUGGCAAAACCAUUCAAUCAAUUACAUUCCUCUACGAAAUCCUUCUGACUGGUAUAAGAGGACCUUUCCUGAUUAUUGCUCCACUAUCUACUAUUGCAAACUGGGAGAGAGAGUUUCGUACGUGGACUGAUAUUAAUGUUGUGGUUUAUCAUGGGAGCCUGAUUAGCAGACAGAUGAUACAGCAAUAUGAGAUGUACUUCAGGGACUCACAGGGGCGUAUCAUUCGAGGAGCUUACAGAUUCCAAGCCAUCAUCACCACUUUCGAAAUGAUUCUUGGAGGCUGCGGAGAGCUUAAUGCAAUUGAAUGGCGAUGUGUGAUUAUUGAUGAAGCACAUAGGUUAAAAAAUAAAAAUUGUAAACUUCUAGAAGGUCUGAAACUCAUGAAUCUGGAACACAAGGUGCUUUUGACUGGCACCCCUCUCCAAAAUACAGUUGAAGAACUAUUCAGUCUUCUUCACUUUCUAGAACCCUUAAGGUUUCCUUCUGAAUCAACAUUUAUGCAAGAAUUUGGGGAUCUAAAAACAGAGGAACAGGUGCAGAAGCUUCAGGCCAUCCUGAAACCAAUGAUGCUGAGACGAUUAAAAGAAGAUGUGGAAAAGAAGUUGGCCCCUAAGGAAGAAACCAUCAUUGAAGUAGAACUUACCAACAUUCAAAAGAAAUACUACCGGGCUAUUUUGGAGAAGAACUUUUCAUUUCUAUCGAAAGGAGCAGGGCAGACUAAUGUACCAAACUUGGUCAAUACCAUGAUGGAGCUCAGGAAGUGCUGUAAUCAUCCUUACCUCAUCAAAGGUGCUGAGGAGAAAAUACUUGGAGAAUUUAGGGAUACCUAUAAUCCAGCUGCUUCUGAUUUUCAUCUUCAAGCGAUGAUCCAGUCUGCUGGUAAAUUGGUCCUAAUUGAUAAAUUGCUUCCCAAAAUGAAAGCGGGAGGGCACAAAGUGCUCAUCUUCUCUCAGAUGGUGCGCUGCCUUGACAUCUUGGAGGACUACCUGAUCCAUAAAAGAUAUUUAUAUGAGCGAAUUGAUGGAAGAGUCAGAGGGAAUCUCCGACAAGCUGCUAUAGAUCGCUUUAGUAAACCUGAUUCAGAUCGAUUUGUUUUUCUUCUGUGCACCCGAGCUGGUGGGUUGGGCAUCAACUUAACUGCAGCUGACACAUGUAUAAUUUUUGAUUCUGAUUGGAAUCCUCAGAAUGACCUUCAGAUUCAACAGCUUUCCAAAAAGGAAAUAGAAGAUCUGCUUCGAAGAGGUGCUUAUGGCGCUAUUAUGGAAGAGGAAGAUGAAGGUUCUAAAUUCUGUGAAGAGGAUAUUGAUCAGAUUUUACUACGUCGCACAAAAACUAUUACAAUUGAGUCAGAAGGUCGUGGGUCGACAUUUGCUAAGGCGAGUUUUGUAGCAUCUGGAAACCGGACAGAUAUUUCCUUAGAUGAUCCUAACUUCUGGCAAAAAUGGGCUAAAAAGGCAGAAAUAGAUAUUGAUGCCAUCAGUGGCAGAAACAGUUUGGUUAUUGACACGCCAAGAAUUAGGAAGCAAACGAGACCCUUUAGUGCCACAAAAGAUGAAUUGGCUGAAUUAUCUGAAGCCGAAAGUGAAGGAGAAGAAAAGCCCAAACUCCGGAGACCCUGUGACCGUUCCAAUGGCUAUGGAAGAACCGAGUGCUUCAGAGUGGAGAAAAAUCUGCUGGUUUAUGGAUGGGGCCGAUGGAGAGAGAUUCUAUCACAUGGUCGUUUUAAAAGGCAGCUAAAUGAACAUGAUGUGGAAAUAAUUUGCCGAGCCCUCUUAGCAUAUUGCCUUAUUCAUUACCGGGGAGAUGAGAAAAUUAAAGGCUUCAUAUGGGAUCUCAUUACUCCAACUGAAGAUGGGCAGACACGAGAGCUACAAAAUCAUCUUGGCCUAUCAGCCCCAGUACCCAGGGGCCGAAAAGGGAAGAAAGUAAAGACCCAGACCAGCUCAUUUGAUAUCCAGAAAGCAGAAUGGCUUCGGAAAUAUAAUCCUGAGCAGCUACUUCAAGAUGAAGGCUACAAAAAACAUAUAAAACACCACUGUAAUAAGGUUUUGCUUCGUGUAAGAAUGCUGUAUUAUCUGAAGCAAGAAGUCAUUGGAAGUGAAUGUCAGAAAGUAUUUGAUGGAGUUGAUGCAAGCGACAUUGAUGUUUGGGUCCCAGAACCAGACCACUCAGAAGUCCCUGCUGAAUGGUGGGAUUUUGAUGCCGAUAAGUCACUCCUCAUUGGGGUUUUUAAGCAUGGUUAUGAGAAAUAUAACACUAUCCGAGCAGACCCAGCACUGUGCUUCCUGGAAAGAGUGGGGAAACCUGAUGAGAAAGCAGUUGCUGCGGAACAGAGGGCGAAUGAUUAUAUGGACGGGGAUAUAGAAGACCCAGAAUACAAACCUGCCCCAGCUCUCUUUAAAGAUGAUAUAGAGGAUGAUGUUUCCUCGCCAGGAGAUCUUGUUAUAGCAGAUGGAGAUGGUCAGCUGAUGGAAGGUGAUAAAGUGUAUUGGCCAACUCAGUCAGCUUUAACCACACGCUUGAGGCGCCUCAUCACUGCAUAUCAGCGUACCAAUAAAAACAGACAAGUCCAGCAGAUACAACCUACUUUCUCAGUGCCUGCCAGUGUAAUGCAGCCUCUUUAUGAAGAAGCCACUCUUAAUCCUAAAAUGGCAGCCAAGAUAGAAAGACAGCAGAGAUGGACAAGAAGAGAAGAAGCUGACUUCUACCGAGUUGUGUCUACAUUUGGAGUGGUAUUUGAUCCUGACCGAGGCCAGUUUGAUUGGACAAAAUUCAGAGCUAUGGCUAGACUCCAUAAGAAAACUGAUGAUAGCUUGGAGAAAUAUUUGUAUGCAUUCAUGUCUAUGUGUCGGAGGGUUUGCCGUCUUCCUUCCAAAGAGGAAUUUGUGGAUCCAAAUAUUUUUAUUCAGCCUAUCACAGAAGAGCGUGCUUCUAGGACUUUGUAUCGCAUUGAACUUCUAAGGAAAGUAAGGGAACAGGCCCUCCGACAUCCACAGUUGUUUGAACGAUUGAAGCUUUGCCAUCCAAACCCAGACUUACCAGUCUGGUGGGAAUGUGGCCCUCAUGAUAGGGACUUGCUUAUUGGAGCUGCUAAACAUGGGGUGAGCCGCACAGACUAUCACAUUCUUCGUGAUCCGGAACUCUCAUUUAUGGCAGCUCAGAGGAACUACAGUCAAAGUAAGAUGGCUCAUUCAAGGACUUCUACCCCUCUUUUACAGCAAUAUCAAGUAGCACUUUCUGCUUCUCCUCUUACCUCUCUACCUAGGCUCCUAGAUGCUAAAGGGAUUGUUCUAGAGGAUGUGAAAGUUAAAAGUGAAAACCUUAAAGAGGAGCCUCAGUCUUCUGAAGAAGAAUCGAUGUCUUCUGAGGAGACCAGGACACUAAUAAAGUCUGAGCCUGUAAGUCCAAAGAAUGGCGUCUUACCACAGGCCACUGGAGACCCGAAACCUGGUGGGAAAGGCGAAGCAGACAGACGCAUGGUUGCAGCCAGAACAGAACCCCUAACUCCAAACCCGGCUUCUAAGAAACAGCGCGUCCGCAAAAGGGGAUCAGAGUCUAGUUCGGAUUCGGACUCUGAUUCUGCGCGGUCAUCCUGUUCCUCCAGGUCCUCGUCUUCCUCGUCCUCCUCCUCCUCUUGUUCCCACUCGCGAUCAGGCUCUAGUUCUUCGUCGUCCUCCUCCUGUUCUUCAGCCUCGUCCUCCUCCUCGUCCUCCUCCUCGUCCUCCUCCUCGUCCUCCUCCUCUUCAUCAGAAGAAAGUGACAGUGAAGAAGAGGAGGCCCAGAAGCGAGAAGGUACCCCUCACAUGAAAGCCUACGAUGAAGAAAGUGUCGCGUCACUGAGCACCACCCAGGACGAGACUCAGGAUAGUUUCCAGAUGAACAAUGGAACUCUGGAUUCUGCUUACCUACUGCAAGGUGGAUACAUGCUGGCAGCUUCCUAUUGGCCAAAGGAUCGUGUGAUGAUUAACCGAUUGGACAGUAUUUGUCAAACAGUUCUGAAAGGAAAGUGGCCUUCAGCCAGAAGGAGUUAUGAUGCCAACACAGUGGCUUCUUUCUAUACCACCAAGCUGCUGGACAGCCCUGGCGCAGCUACAGAUCAUAGCGAGCCCAGCGUGCCCACUCCUCCAGGUGCCACCGGUGUUAAAGAAGAGCAUGACCAGUCAGCACAGAUGUCAAAGGUGAAGAAGCAUGUACGAGAAAAGGAGUUUACAGUGAAAAUCAAAGACGAAGGUGGUUUGAAGUUGACAUUUCAGAAGCAAGGGCUUGCUCAGAAGAGACCGUUUGACAGCGAAGACUGUGCCCUGGGACAGCAGCAGUACCUCACCCGCCUUCGGGAGCUUCAGGGUGCGUCCGAGACCAGCCUCGCCAGUUUCCCCAAGGCUGUGCCAGGAUCAGGUACUUCCAUUCAAUCAACUCUUGGUGCCAAUGGAGUUAUAUUAGACAACCAGCCCAUAGUAAAAAAAAGGCGGGGAAGGAGGAAGAAUGUAGAAGGUGUUGACAUCCUCUUUUUUAACAGAAAUAAACCACCUAAUCAUGUUACCUUGGGCUUAACCACCUCACAGAUUUCCACAGGGAUCAAUCCAGCACUGUCCUACCCUCAAUCUCAAGGAAUUCCUGAUACAGAAAGUCCAGUUCCAGUUAUUCAUCUUAAAGAUGGGACAAGACUUGCAGGCGACGAUGCACCAAAGAGAAAGGAUUUGGAAAAAUGGCUUAAGGAGCAUCCAGGCUAUGUGGAAGAUUUAGGAGCUUUUAUUCCUAGAAUGCAGCUCCAUGAAGGGAGGCCCAAACAAAAAAGGCAUCGUUGCAGAAACCCCAAUAAGCUAGAUGUUAACAGUCUCACUGGAGAAGAGCGUGUUCAGUUGAUUAAUAGAAGAAAUGCCAGAAAGGUUGGAGGUGCUUUUGCUCCCCCUUUGAAAGAUUUAUGUAGAUUCUUAAAAGAAAAUUCAGAAUACGGAGUUGCUCCUGAAUGGGGAGAUGUUGUGAAGCAGUCUGGAUUCCUUCCAGAAAGUAUGUAUGAACGUAUUCUCACUGGUCCUGUUGUUAGAGAGGAAGUAAGCAGGCGAGGGAGACGGCCUAAAAGUGGCAUUGCGAAGGCCACAGCAGCAGGAGCGGCUGCAACUGCCAGCAGUGUUUCAGGCAGUCCUCUGCUAGCCAAUGGAUUACUUCCAGGUAUGGAUCUCACAACUCUUCAGGCCUUACAACAAAACCUACAAAACUUGCAGUCACUGCAAGUAACCGCAGGGUUGAUGGGAAUGCCUGCCGGCCUUUCUUCUGGAGGAGAAGCGAAAAACAUGGCUGCCAUGUUCCCCAUGCUGCUGUCAGGAAUGGCUGGAUUACCAAAUCUGUUGGGCAUGGGAGGAGUCCUGACAAAGCCUGCAGAAUCUGGAACAGAGAAAAAGGGAAAUGACUCGAAGGAACUGGAAGGAAAAAAAGAAAGGACAGAGAGCCAAAAUUCAGAGAAUGGUGGAGAAAACUCUGUGUCAAGUUCUCCUUCAACAUCCUCUACUGCUGCAUUAAGUACAGCUGCAGCUGCCAACUCGUUAGCUCUUAACCCACUGUUACUAUCUAAUAUCAUUUAUCCAGGGAUGCUUCUCACUCCAGGCCUUAAUCUUCAUAUUCCAACUUUGUCCCAGUCCAAUACUUUUGAUGUACAGAAAAACAAAAACAGGGACUUAGGCUCAUCUAAGGCUGUAGAGGUAAAGGAAGAAGAUUCCAGAGUCAGAGAUCAGGAAGACAAAGGGGGGACUGAACCAAGUCCCCUCAAUGAAAACAGCACAGAUGAGGGUUCAGAGAAAGCCGAUGCUUCGUCUGGAUCUGACAGUACAUCAUCGUCAUCCGAGGACUCAGAUUCUAGUAAUGAAGACUGAUUCCCAGACUACACUUCAAUUAUGAACUGAUUUUGGAUUUUUUUUUCUUUAAUUAUUAAUUGUAAAUACCCCAGUGUGGAGUGCAUCAAUAACUUACUGACCGAACAUUUCAGUUAUUUGUUUAGAAGUGCAAACUGCUUUCAGAGACUUUUUGCAUGUAAAAUUUCUUAAGAUUCAUAAGUUUCUGAACUCGUAUGUACUAUCAAAUACAUAAAGGUGUAAAAUUACAACGAAAGGCAUUAUAAUUUUGUUGGGGGUUAAUUUUAUGGAAAUUAUGCUCAAUAAGAGUUGUAUAUUUAAUAUAUUUGCAGUGAACACAGAAUCCUUUAUGCAUAUUACUGAUUUAAUUUGAAUAUAGUUUUACAGCCUCCUUGACACCUAUAAUUUACAGAACAAAACUCAGCAAUAAUUUGGGCAGCUAAUGAAUGUCAUGAAAGCUGUAGAAUCUACAUCACCAUCCAUUGCUUUAAUUACAUGAAAAUGCUCUAGUGUUGUGAUGCACUGCUGAUGUUUCCAAUUCAGGUACAAGUAUGUUUUAAAGAAGAAAUAAGUUUCCCAAUCAGCCAAUUUAACUGGCUACCUGUUACCUCAGCUGAGUUAGUUUAGGAAGUUUACAUUCAUUUCUAAUUCUAUACUUGUUUUCAGGGGUUUUUUAAACACAUCCUAUAUAUCAUGUUAAUCUGGCAAGAAAUAUGACUUGCUUUUUGCUGAGCUUAACUCUGAUAUCAGUAAAAUUAAGUCAUAAAAUAAUCCUAUGUCAUGUAACUUUGGCACCCUCUAGACAUACUUAGUUGUAAGUUUUCAAAGUUUGGCCUCCUAUUAGAAAUAAUUAUAUCUCAGAUGAGUGAUGUCUGUUUCCAGGGUUCAGAAAGGGCAAACUCAUGAAAUGCCACUGAAAAGAACUUUCAACACAGCAUACUUCAUGUAAAAAAAAUUGUUUGUUUGCUUUAUUUGUGUAGAUUUCUAUUUGUGUUUUAUGUCAUGGUAAUAUUACAAAAUUAACAGAUACUAGUGGUAAAGUAAUAUGCAAAUAGUCUAAAUUCACCUUGAGUUUCUUCUAGGUGUAAGCAGACUAAAUGUUGCCCAGAAUCAGUGUUGGGUUCUCAGUUUAUAUUAAAUAUACUGAGUUGCCCAUUUUGAAAAUGCACUUUGAAUAAUCUCAAAAAAAUAAAAAUAAAAAAUACGAGUUAUACCUGUAAACCACAAAAUGAAGCCCAAGGCUUCUGAUCAAUUUCUUAGAGCCCUUUACCAUGUAAAAUUUGUCUGAUAUUUGAUUUGUGAUACAAUUUCUCCUGCUAAAGCUGCUAUUAUUCUGACAAGGUAGAGAUCCAGGUUCACCUUCAUAUACAGUUGAAACAAUUAGAACUUAAUUGAGUGUAAAAUACCAUUUAUAUCCUAAGGAGAGAGAAAUGUUAGCAUUCUUCCGGUACUUGAAUAAGUCAGUGAUAAAGUUUGCAAGGGGAUGAAUUUAGGGAACAAAAUACCCCACUUCUCUUCUACAGAAAAAGUAACUUUAAGUAUGUUUUGAUGAUAGAACUUGUUGCUUUGUCAUGAAUUAAGCAAUUAUAUUGGAUUUUCCAAGACAUUUACCAGUAAAUUGUUUCUGUAUGUAAAAUAACUAACCCCUUAUUAGAGAGACAGUGUUAUAUGCAUUUAUAAAACUAUGUAAGUUCUAUUGGGAUGGUAUUGAUUUUUGUAUUUUCCCCAAAUAGUACUUUGAUAAUAGUCCUUUAUGCAGUCUUAGCAAUAGUCAAUAUAAUGCCCAUCCAGGAGAAGUGGGUAGUAACUCUUCAUAAUGAAAGUGAAAUAUUACAUACUUAGCAUCUUCCCUUUGCAGUAUUGCACUUUUGUUUGACUAGAAUACAACUAUGACAUAGCCAAAGUUUUUCAAACACAGUGAACUUAGGUUGCCGGUGGAGUAUUUCAACACCAUCCAUGUUUCCCUUUCCUUACUCUACUUCUACCCACAUGAUCUUUAUUCCUUUCUUUCCCCAAUUAAAAAAAAAGGGAAAAAAGCCCUAGAUCUUAUCACUAAAUCUACUUUAUAUCAAAUUUAUGAGAUAAAGUAUUUUCCUAAUUAUGCUCAAGUGAAUUUGGUUAACAUCUUAGUGAUUCUCUUUCUAUGUAAUAAGGCAAUUGCAGUUUUCAAAGUAUUAAGGCUAAUAUUAACUUUAAACAUUUUCUUGGGUUUUAAGACACUUGUAUUUAUUAUUGAUUGGGGGAAAGUUGUCCUAUCAGGUUAAAAAAAAAACCAUGCAAAUAUGGUUGUGUAAAGUUAAGGGUUAUAAGGAAAAAAAUCAGUAGAAUUACAUAAUACUAAAGUUGCAGUGAAAGGAUAUCCAAGUAUGUGUUGGUAGUUACUAAAAGAAUUAUAGCUGUUAUUGCCUUGUAUUUAUAGCCCUUGUUUCAGGUUUCAUGAUUCAAGUCUUAGUCCAAUUUUUCUUUUGGACAUUUGCAAUAUUUACCAGUUGUGUUUUGUGUAGUCUGGAUUUGCUUUCUGUAGUUGGGCAAACGUCUUAAAAAGUCAUUUGUAAUUUAUUAAAUUACUUUCUAUGAUGUUCUAUAGAGCAAAUGGAAGUUUAAUUAUUUUUUAUUAAACAUAUUCUUUGACUACCCAUGA